GUGAAGGUGAAGCGAUGACUGACGACACUUUCCUUCUCCCUUUCCUUCUCCCUUUCCUCCUUCCAAGCGACCAGAUCAAAGCAAGCGAGCGAGCAUUUCGCGGUCGUACGCCCCGCCAAGUCGUAGUCCAGGGCCCUCAUCAUCACCGUCAUCAUCAUCGUCAUCUCCACCAUCGUCGCCGUGGUGUAAAUGCGUGACCCACGUCCAAGAAAAUGGUGAUGCCUAGGAUCUGGACUGGGUUGAACCAUCCGAGGGCGAAGGCCGCGCUCAUCUGGGUGCUCUGCUUCGCGCUGUUCAACUUCCUUCUCCGCAUGGCGCUGAACAAUUCUUCGCAGGGCCCCGUCCCGACUCCGUCUUCCGGUGGUACGUCAGAUAUCCCAAUUUCCAACACAGAACGGAGGUCUAGAUUGUAUGAUCAAAUGGCAAAAGACUUGGAUGAGCAUGGGGCAGCGUUUCUUAAACAAGGGGAGACCUCCCAGUCAUUGUCCCUCUCAGAACUAUUCACUUUGGUGGAUGGAGUUGUGAAACCUGUACCUAAGGUGGCAAAUCCUCCUGUUCGAGCAAAUGUACUGUACUUAAGCUCAAAAUACUCGAAACCCAUAUCGGACUCUGUACGGCAAUUAUUUGAACCAUAUUUUGAUAAAGCAAUCUGGUUUCAGAACUCUAGUCUGUAUCAUUUUAGCAUGUUCCAUGCCUCUCAUCAUAUUUCUCCUGUUCCAGCCUCUGAAGAUGAGAUUGAAGCUGAAGCUUCUGCUGUGAGGGCAGUUGCAGAUACUGUAUGCCCUUUGAAGAUUGUGUUGGAUAGGGUGGUUUUGACGUCAACUGGUGUGCUUCUUGGUUGCUGGCAGGUUACCUCAGGGACAGAUCCUAUCUCCAUUCGUGCAAAGUUGAGAACUGCACUUCCGCAUGCGCCAGAAAAGCAACUUUAUGAUGCUGCUAUUCUUCAUACAUCCUUUGCCAGGCUCUUGGGUCCUCCUAAAGCCACUCCCAAGGACUUGGGUACAAAUUCAGAACAGCUACAAUUCUUCCAUGAGCUAGUUGCUCGACUAAACAAGAAACUUAGAGGAUCUGAGGCAUUGGUGUCUGAGCUCUGGUAUGUUGAGGAAUAUGAUGUCUUGGCUUUAGCAGUGGAUGGAAGAAUGAAAGUUCGGAGGUUCCAGCUUGGUUGCACCGGAGCCUAGGGUGUUUUAUCUGCCACACUUACAUGAUCGCACCUUUUCUAGAACAGUACAACGCAAGAUAUGUAACUCUCUGGGUUGAAAGCUCUUGCAUAUUGAUCCGACGAACAUUUCUGCGGAAUAUAGUGAAUGGACACUAAUAUACAGUGACUUGAUGUUACCUACUCCCUUGAUGGAUCAUGAGUGCAUCUCGCCUUCAUCAUGAGUCUGUUAUAGCCGCCAUGAAUACAAAUGUUUCUUUCCAAUUGCGACAUCUUCGUUCAUCUA